AUGAAGUCCUUUGCUGUCGCCGCCGCCCUCAUCUCCGUCGUCGUCGCCCACCCGGGCCUCCUCGACGACAUGUUGGGCAACGAGGGCCUCGACCAAAACAUCAAGCUGCCCGCCGGCAUUGAGAUCAACCAGUCCCUAGGCCCCAAGUACCCGCCCCCCUCUGGCCGCACCAACGUCUGGCACCCUUCGCACCCGGACAUCGACAUGGACGGCUGCGAUGCCACCGAUGACGACUGGCACUACGUGCACCCGUGUGAGACCUGCGAGCACGGUCACCACACCUGGACCACCUCCACGGCCACCUCCGUCGUCACCAAGACCGUCAUCGACUGCGCGCCCACCGUGACCGACUGCCCGGCCCGCACCACCGCCGUCACCACCGUCACCACCACCAUCUGCCCGGCCACCAACACCGCCGCCACUCUUACCACGGCCACCGUGACCCUCCCCACCGCCCCCGUCCGCUACUCCAGCACCACCGAGGAGGUCGUCACGGAGACUCCCUGCCCGGAGACCACCACCGUCGCCCCCCCUCCCGUGACGCAGACCCCCAUCUGGACCACCGCCCCGGCGCCCCCUCCCACCAAGGCCCCCGUCCCCCCGGCCUCGGUCGCCCCUCCCGUCGGCGGCAACAACACCUGGACCCAGCCCCCCGUCAUCGUCAACGGCGGUGCCCAGGCUCAGAUCGGCCUCUUCGCCGCUGUUGCCGCCGUCGCUGCUCUUCUGUAA